CUUCGAUCACAUUAACAAAAAAAAAAAAAAAAAAAAAAAAAACUGAGAAAGCUUUAGAAAUAUCAAAUUAGAAACAGAGAAAAUGGCAACCAAUGGAGAAAAUGGCAGACACCAAGAAGUUGGGCACAAGAGUCUCUUGCAAAGUGAUGCUCUUUACCAGUAUAUUCUUGAAACUAGUGUGUACCCAAGAGAGCCAGAAGCCAUGAAAGAGCUUCGGGAGAUAACAGCAAAUCACCCUUGGAACAUCAUGACCACCUCUGCUGAUGAAGGCCAGUUCUUGAACAUGCUUCUGAAGCUCAUCAAUGCCAAAAACACCAUGGAGAUUGGCGUCUACACUGGCUACUCUCUUCUCGCCACUGCCCUUGCUCUCCCUCAUGAUGGCAAGAUUUUGGCAAUGGAUAUCAACCGCGAAAACUACGAAUUGGGUCUCCCGGUGAUCCAAAAGGCAGGCGUAGCUCACAAGAUUGAAUUCAAGGAAGGCCCUGCACUUCCUGUUCUUGAUCAAAUGAUCCAAGAUGGAAAAUACCAGGGCUCGUAUGAUUUUAUCUUCGUGGAUGCGGACAAGGACAACUACUUGAACUAUCACAAGAGGCUUAUCGAUUUGGUUAAGGUUGGUGGACUGAUUGGAUACGACAACACGUUGUGGAAUGGAUCGGUGGUGGCGCCGGCAGAUGCACCGCUGAGGAAGUACGUACGCUACUACAGAGAUUUCGUGUUGGAGCUCAACAAAGAAUUGGCUGCUGACCCAAGAAUUGAGAUUUGUCAACUUCCCGUCGGAGAUGGGAUCACCCUCUGCCGCCGUGUCUACUAAAUCUUUAACUUCACCGCCGCCGUUACGCUCAUCUUCUAUUGUUUCAUUACUUGAGUUUCCUCUGUAAUUUUCUCCCUUUUCAAUUCUCUGAAUUAAAAAUUGUAUUGCCAAAAUUCUACUUCAACCUUAUUACAAUAUAAAUUUAGCAAAUGAAAUGUUAUAUGCAGGCCAUCUAUGAUUUUCUGUCACAUUCUCUACAUGUAGAUCCGAGGGGCUGCCUUCCUUACAUGCAUAUUGUUGGUCCAGAACAAGUUAAAAAGUCUAGAAUGGUUGUUGAAUAGAUUUUUUCAAAUUUUCAAUUGUAGCUCUAAGUGUGCUAUAACAAAAUUAAGGAAAUAAAUUUUCUUGCAA